AUGACUGCCAAAGCAAAAUGUUGUCGAUUCUUUUGUCCAAAAAAGCCGACGUGCCCUACUGCCUAUCCUUUUACCACACCAUUAUUACCUAGGUUUAUUAGACCAGAUAAAAUGUCGUAUGUUGCUACUUUAGCAACAGAGUCGUGUAUUUUCUCCUCUAUUGUGAUUUACGGUGCCGGCGUUGCGCUCAGUAAUGUCAAGAGUGUUGCUGGUGGAGUCACUGUUAUAGUCUCUACAGUGUCGUUUCUCAUCACACAAAUUCUCAUUUUGGCAGUGAGUGAGAGAUUACCGCGUGCUGAAGUAGUAUCACGCCAAAACGUAUGGUUCAAGGCAGUCACAUACUUGUCAACGGUUUUAGGCGUGAUAUCCAUUAUUUUAUUCAUUUACCAAUUUGCAUCAUCGCCAUAUAUUCCCAAUACAUGCACACCAAAUCUCAACAAAACAAUGUUUAUUUCCCCCGGAUCCCUCCAACUGGUUUGGUCUUUUUUCUGUGCUGGCGCUUUCGGAUUUUUGUCAGAUCUGGCUGCUGUUGUUUCCAAAUGUUGUUAG